CUAAAUGUCUGACACCUUGGCAAAACAUAUACUUAAAAGUUCUUUAAAUUCACAAGCUUUGAUGCUUUUUCUAUAGAUUGAUCAAGUGAUUUGCUAUUGGAAAGUUUGCAGACAAGAUGCUUGAUGAGUUACUUCUAGCCAGUGCAGUGGUAUUUUUAACAUAUCACAUAUACAAGUACAUGGUCAGGAAAACCGUACACCUUCCAGGACCCAGAGGCUUACCAAUCAUUGGAAACAUCCAUAGCUUUAUUCAAGAUGGAGGCCCAGUUUGGCAAGUUCAAAAAUGGGCAAAUAAAUAUGGUGAUACAUUCAAAAUAAGCAUUCUUGGUGAAGAAAUUGUCAUACUGAGUGAUUAUGAUAGUAUCUAUGAGGCACUGGUAGAAAGAUCAAAUGAUUUUGCUGGAAGGCCUUUCGAAAAAUCAUAUGCAUUGAAAAAAUUGUUUUCUCAUGGCAUAUUCACACAGGAUUUUACUCAAAGGUUUGAAGCAAACAAGAAACUAGGAUUACGUGGACUCAAACAGCAUGGGGAUGGAAUCGGUAGAAUUGUGAACCUCUCAAAUGAAAACAUAAGCCAGACAGUAAAGGAGUUUAAAGAAGAAAAUGGUCAACCUUUCCAACCUCAUGACAAACUUCAAAAUCUGUUAUGCCGGAUCAUUAUAUGUGUGCUGCUUGGUGAAAAUACGCCCUAUAAAGAGGAUGACGGAGAAUUCGCUAGGAAAUGGUUAGAGGACUACGAUGUGAAUUUUAGAGGGCCAUUUUUCUAUCUUAUAGAGAUGUUCCCAUGGACACGUUACUUUGGCAACCCUGUUUAUUCAACAUUGAAUGAAAUGAUAAAAUGCCGUAAUAAAACCUUUACUGAGUGGAUUGAAAGGUUCAAACAUUAUAAACAGGAAAGUGGUGAGAGGACACUCAUCGCAGAGUUAUUGGCCGCUAAGGAGGAGGGUACAAUAACAGAUGAUGGUAUUUUUGGAAUCAUGACUGAUACUUUCGUUGCAGGAAUUUUCACAACACGUACAACCACAUCCGGAUUCCUACUUGCAAUGAUGAACUUUCCUGACAUUCAAAGUAAGCUCCAUGAGGAAAUUGGUAACAGGACAACUCAUCCCUAA